AUGGUCUCGCCACAUUGUAAAUCUACGAUCGCACCACCACGUCACUCGCAACCUGUUUCCGCCUAUGUCUCCGACGACGCCGAUCCAUCGCUUUCCAACAUCUCCAUCAAUGCCGACGCAUCUCACCGUCGAUCAUCUCGAACCCAACAAAUAUUGCUCGACACCAGCUUCAACGUCGGAUCCAGAUACAGAGUCUGCGACGUUAUCGGAGAAGGCGCGUACGGCAUCGUCUGCUCAGCCAUCCACAGACCAUCUGGACAAAAGGUGGCCAUCAAGAAGAUUCAACCGUUCGAACACCAAAUGUUCGCUCUGCGAACAUUGAGAGAGCUCAAGUUGCUGCGCUAUUUCCAAGACUGCGAGGUCUCAGAGAACAUCAUCUCCAUUCUCGACAUUGUCAAGCCGCCAUCUUAUGAGCAAUUUCAGGAAGUCUACCUCAUCCAAGAGCUGAUGGAAACGGAUCUGCACCGCGUCAUCCGCACCCAAAAGCUUUCUGAUGAUCAUGCCCAGUACUUCACCUACCAAAUCCUCCGCGCUCUCAAGGCAAUGCACUCCGCUGACGUCAUCCACCGUGACCUCAAGCCUAGCAACCUGCUCUUGAACGCAAACUGCGACCUCAAGGUCUGCGACUUCGGCCUCGCUCGCAGCAUCCGCACUGCCGACCCCGGAGGAGAGACUGGUUUCAUGACUGAAUACGUUGCCACUCGAUGGUACCGUGCACCCGAAAUCAUGCUCACCUUCAAGCAGUACACCAAGGCCAUCGACGUCUGGGCAGUCGGCUGCAUCCUCGCAGAGAUGAUCAGCCAAAGGCCCUUGUUCCCCGGCCGUGACUACCACCACCAGCUCGCUCUGAUCCUCAACGUCUUGGGCACACCAUCCAUCGACGACUUCUACUCCAUCGGAUCUCGUCGUUCUCGAGACUACAUUCGCGCUCAGCCUUUCAGAAAGCGCAAGGAUCUCGGCAAGAUGUUCCCCCACGCUUCUGCCGAGUGCCUCGACUUCCUGACCAAGACGCUGGCUUUCGACCCCAAGAAGCGUCCCACGGUUGAAGAAUGCCUUGCUCACCCUUACCUCAGCGCUUAUCACGACCCAGAGGACGAGCCUACCUGCCCCUCCCUCGAGCCUGAAGAAUUCUGGUUCGACAUGGCCAAGAGCACCACCACCACUGAGGACAUCCGCAAGGACUUGUGGGACCAGAUCAACGACUUUACCCCUCUCGUCUAG